AUGGAGGACAAACGCAACAUCCCCAUCAUUGAGUGGGAGCACCUGGACAAGAGGAAGUUCUAUGUGUUUGGGAUUUGCAUGACUAUGAUGAUCCGGGUGAGCGUUUACCCUUUCACGCUCAUCCGGACGCGGUUGCAGGUUCAGAAGGGCAAGAGCCUUUACAACGGGACUUUUGAUGCUUUUGUGAAAAUCCUGCGGACAGAAGGGGCAGCUGGGCUCUACCGGGGCUUUUUGGUCAACACUUUCACCCUGAUCUCUGGACAGUGCUACGUGACAACGUACGAGCUCACUCGAAAAUACGUGUCACGGUACAACAACAACAAUGCCGUCAAGUCUCUGGUGGCAGGUGGCUCAGCUUCACUGGUGGCCCAGAGCAUCACGGUGCCCAUCGAUGUCAUCUCCCAGCAUCUCAUGAUGCAGAGGAAGGGGGAAAGCAUGGGCAGGUUUAAAGUGCAGAACCAAGAUGGCAAGCGGAUGUUGGUCUUUGGUCAAACCAAGGACAUCAUUGUACAGAUUUUCAAGGCCGAUGGGUUUAGAGGCUUCUACAGGGGUUAUGUGGCCUCACUGCUCACCUAUAUUCCCAACAGUGCUGUCUGGUGGCCCUUCUACCACUUCUACGCUG